UCUCCCAGCAUGCAUUAUCCAAAAUCCAGUUCCAAUUUGUGGCUCCCCUUCAUCUGCCUUCCAAAAAAAUUUAACAUAACCACAUACGUACCCAAACACCACCACCCUCAACCCUCAUCCAUCUCACCAUGAAUGACACAGUCGACAAGCUCGUCGUCUUCCUGGCCAAGAGAGACGGCAUCGACAAGCUAGUCAAGACCUUCCAGUACGUCUCCAAGCUCCUCCACUGGCACGCCCUCGCCACCCGCCCCGCCCUCGCCCACCGCGCUCGCCAGCUCGAGCUUGCCGCCGGCCUCAGCCGCAAGGCCUUUCGCAGCGGCCGCUUCCUCACCGGCUUCAACGCCCUCAGGCGCAACCCCGGCCCCACCCCCACACUCCGCCUCCUGGCCGUCCUCGCCAACGCAGGCGAAAUGGUCUACUUCUUCUUCGACCACCUCCUCUGGCUCGCGCGAGUCGGUGCGUUGGACGCGAAGCUCGCGAGGCGAAUGAGCUUCGUGUCGGCGUUCGGAGAGUCUUUUGGGUACGUUUUCUUCAUCGUUUCAGACUUUUUGCUGAUCGGAGAGGGGGUGAGGGCUGAGAGGAGGCUCGAGACGGCGGCGCCGGAGGGGGUGGCGGCAGAGGUGGGGAAGAUAAGGGCGGAGCGGGUGAUGAGGUUGAUGGCGGUGGCGGCCAACGUGGCGGAUUUAGUGAUUGCGGUGGCGGAUAUUGAGCCCAACCCGUUCUGUAACCACGCGAUUUCGCUUGGGAUUAGUGGGCUGGUCUCGGCGUGGGCCGGCUUGUAUAGGAAUUGGCCCUCGUGAAGUGAAGCCCAUUAAAGAAAAUGGGCUUGUGGAUUAGGGAAACUAUGGGAAAAUUAGAACAGAAAGCUUUUGUAUAGGUUGGGGAAAAAAAAUGAGAUGUAUAGCAUGUUGUAUUAAUUUUUUUCCAAUGACAAUAACCUGAUGUUCUAAACAUAGUGCGUCGGUCAAAGUUAUUUUUGCAUGUGCUUAGUAGAAUUUUGUAAAAUAUUUUUUAUUAAGAGAACCUACAUUUUUAGAUUUGUCAAA